UCCACGCUUGAUUUGCAUCGCGCAUCCUCUUUUGUGAUUUUUUAUUCCUUAUUCUCUCUUCUUCUGGUGCAAAAAGCCUCUCACCUUACGCGUCUCUCACGAGCCGACUCUUCCCUAAAUUUCAGCAGCAUCAUCUUGCCGUUGCUCAGGCGCUGCAACCAUGGGCAUCAUCUUCUACCUUUUCCAUCCGAACCAGCUACGGUCGAUCAUUCAAUGGAAAGUAUGGCACGACCCCGUUCACAAGCGUAAUCCCGAGAAGGAAUCCCCAGCUCUGCGGGAAUGCUUUAGAUACCUCGACUUGACAAGCCGUAGCUUCUCAUCAGUCAUUCAAGAGCUCAACCCAGAACUUGUUGUGCCUAUCUGUCUCUUCUACCUCGUCCUCCGUGGUCUCGACACUAUCGAAGAUGACAUGACCAUCCCCAUCGAGAAGAAGGAGCCCCUUCUUCGGAAUUUCGACAAGAACAUGGAGAUCGACGGGUGGACCUUCACCGAGAACGGCCCGAAUGAGAAGGAUCGCGAACUUCUCGUCCACUUUGACGUGGUCAUCACCGAGCUAAAGAAGCUCAAGAAGCCCUACUAUGAUAUCAUCAAGGACAUCACAAUCAAGAUGGCCAAUGGCAUGGCCGAUUACGUUCUGAACGCCGAACACAACGAGCACGGCGUCAUGAAGAUUACCGAAUAUGAGCUUUACUGCCACUACGUCGCCGGCCUUGUCGGCGAGGGUCUCACCCGCCUCUUCGUCGAGGGCGACCUCGCCAACCCCCGCCUCAAGGACCGCCCUGAGCUUACCGAGUCUAUGGGUCAAUUCCUCCAGAAGACCAACAUCAUCCGUGACGUGCACGAAGACUACCUCGACAAGCGGCGCUUCUGGCCCAAGGAGAUCUGGAGCAAGUAUGUCGACAGCUGGGACGAUAUGUUCAAGCCCGAGAACCUGGCCAAGGCUCUCAACUGCAGCUCCGAGAUGGUCCUCAACGCGCUCAAGCACGCCGAAGACUGUCUCUUCUACAUGGCCGGUAUGCGCGAUCAGAGCGUGUUCAACUUUGUUGCCAUCCCGCAGUCCAUGGCCAUCGCCACUCUGGAGCUCGUCUUCCGCAACCCCGAUAUCUUCAGCAAGCACAUCAAGAUCACCAAGGGCGACGCUUGCCAGCUCAUGAUGGAGUCGACGCAGAACCUCCACGUGGUCUGCGAGGUGUUCCGGCGAUACAUCCGCAGGAUCCACAAGAAGAACGACCCCCGCGAUCCCAACUUUAUUGCCAUCAGUGUGCAGUGCGGCAAGAUUGAGCAGUUCAUCGAGACCCUGUACCCGAGACAAGACCCGAAGAAGCUCACGGAACAGAUGGACAAGAAGAAGAGGGGCGAUCCCACUGCAGACCCCGGCGAGAGUGCCAUCUUGUUGGGAGUCGGGCUGCUUACGCUCUUCUGCCUCUCUGCGAUCAUGGUCGGCGUGGCUUGGUACUUCGGUGCGAGAUACGACGCGUUGUGGUCGUGGACCCAGGACAAGUCGUCGUAUCAUUGGCCCGGCAUGGGUUCCGACGGAGAAAGCCCCGUGGUAUCAUCAGCAUCAGCGGUACCGUCCAUCGAGCAUUCGGAGCUGUAAACCCGGUUGGUAUACUGCACCGCCUCGCACAUAUUUCGCCCAUGCC